AUGAGGGCAUCUAGUUUGAAUAAAUCUAGUUUAUUCAAAGUUCGGAAGUAUAUUGCUCAGCACACAUGUUGUGUUAGAGAAAGAGGUUAUGCCAGACGUCAAGGGAUAACUGACGUUGUAGCUGUCUUGAUAAUGGAUAAUUAUAUUGAUUCAUCUAAGGUAUAUACUCCAAAAGAUGUAGCUGAUGAUAUGUUGAAAUUGCAUGGUGUUUCGUUGACAUACAUACAGGCAUGGAGAGCUAAAGAAAAAUCAGUAAAGUUGGUGCGAGGAGAUCCAGCAGAAUCUUAUGCAAGAUUACAUGGUUAUUUUUACGUUUUGGAGCAAACAUAUCCAGGAUCUGUUUUGAAAAUAAAAAGGAAUGAAGAUGAUACAUUUUUAUAUGCAUUUGUUGCUUUAGAAGCAUGUAUUAGGGGAUGGGAAUAUUGUAGGCCAAUUGUAGCUGUUGAUGGUGCUGCAUUAAAAUGUUCAUAUGGUGGUACAAUGUUAACUGCAAGCACAUUGGAUCCUGGAGGUCAUAUACUUCCGUUGGCGUAUGCGAUAGUAGAUUCUGAAAAUGAUGCUUCAUGGACAUGGUUCUUUGAGCAAUUUAGAGAAGCAUAUGGAGUUAGACAAAAUAUGUGUUUUAUGUCAGACAGAAAUGAAAGCAUAUGGAAAGGGACGACAAAUGUAUAUCUUGAAUCAGAACAUUAUGCAUGCAUAUGGCAUUUAUCAAUCAAUGUUUUGAAGAAUUUCAAUAGAAAUACUGAAGAUUUGAAGAUGUUGUUCUUUUCAUUGGCAAAAGGUUAUACAAAACAACAGUUUGAGACAAUUAUGGGAAGAAUAGAUCAGAUAGAUAUGCGAAUACGACCAUACUUGUUUGAUAUUGGUUAUAGCAAAUGGUCAAGAGCUUACUCGAAUUGUAAGCGCACAUGGACCAUGACUUCAAACAUCGCGGAGGCAUUGAAUAAUGUUAACAGAUUAGCACAGAGGUUACCGGUGAUUUCACUUCUUGAGUUUAUGAGGGUGACAAUUCAGAGGUGGAUUCACAAGCAUAAUGAGGAGGCUGAUAAGACUACAUCUAAUCUGACAAAAAAAUAUGAUGUUUAUCACAGAAAAGUGAUACCUUCAACUGUUGAUUUGCAUGCUGUAGCUGAAGGAGCAAAGAAAUAUAUAGUAAAUUUGAACACAAGGAUGUGUAGUUGCGGAAGAUUUCAAUAUCAUGAGAUACCGUGUGGUCAUGCAAUUGCUGUUCUCCGCCUCAAGAAUUUCAAAGAUGCUUAUGCCAUUUCUGUCGAACCUAUCCCGUGCGAGAGUACAUGGGAUAUACCAAGUUAUAUUUCAGAUCCUAAAUUGAUGUCGCCUGGUCCAAAAAGAGCAGCAGGAAGACCCAAACUUGAACGGUGGAAGGGAUUCGCAGAUGUGAAAUUCAAGAAGACAAAAAGCACAUGCAGUAGAUGCCAUCAGGUUGGACACAAUAGGAAGACUUGUUCAAAUUAUCCUGUACAAAAACAAUGA